AUGGAUGUCACUGGAAAGACGAAAGACAACUUGAAUGCAAGAAAAGAUAUGAGAGUUAUUUGUGAUCGGCCAGCACUAGAAGUGGAUGCAAGCGAUAGGGAACCAAAACCAAAAGCAAUUUACACAUUGGACAGGGAGCAGAGAAGGGUUAUUUGUCAAUGGUUGAAAUCAGUACGAUUUCCUUAUGGGUACGCUUCGAACAUCGAGAGAUGUGUUGAUUUGAAUGAAUGCAAGUUGACAGAUGUGGAUCCAAAUGAAAUUCACGAAUCAAAUCUAGAAGGCGUUGAAGAAUUUGAUUUUGAGACAGAGGCCGAAUAUGAUAGUCUUGAAGAAGAUGAAGACGAAGAUGAAGAUGAAGAUGAAGGCGAAGAUGAAUACGAAGAUGAAGAUGAAGAUGAAAACGAAGAUUAG